AUGCUGUCUUUUGACUCCGCCUUUGGCUACGUUGGCCUCGUUGCCAUCGAGCACCUCAUCGUGUGCCUCUACUUUAGCUUCCGUGUCGGCGGUGCCCGCAAGAAAUGGAAAAUUGGCUACCCCACCAUGUAUGCCCGUCCCGGUGAUGGCAAGUGCACCACCAAGAAGGACGCCGACCUCUUCAACUGCGUUCAGCGCGCACACCAGAACCUGCUUGAGAACACCCCUACCUUUUUGACCCUUCUUUUCCUCGCGGCCAUCAAGUACCCCCUUUACACCGCCAUCGGUGGUCAAGUUUACGUGGCCUCGCGCUUUUUCUAUGCUCUGGGCUACUGCACAGGCGACCCGGAAAAGCGCCACCGCGGUUCUUUUGGCUACAUUGGCCUCAUUGCCAUGUUGGGCAUGGCCAUUCACUCAUGCUACAGCAUCAUCACGGCCUAAAGAUCUCUCUCCCAUGCUGGUGGACCGUCUAAUUGCAGUCUUGCUAUCC